CCUGACACUAGCUGACCUUGUGCACCAUCUCACAGAUUAUUUGUUCUCAGUCCUGGUCCAGCAGCAGUGGUUCCCCAGGCUGGAUCUGGAUGAAUAAGGAGGUUGGCAGCCCCCACUUAUCAGAUUAUUAAUCCGUGAUGGAAACAGGACUGUGCAGCCCCGGCUCUGCCCUCCCAGGAGGCAGUAUGUCCGGCCCCCAGCAGGCGGCGCAGUCUGGGCGCCCGGAGCCCAGCAGCGCUUACUGGAUCCGCAGGAGGCGCAAUAAUGAGGCUGCGCGGCGCUGCAGGGAGCGGAGGCGGAUGGAGGAGGUGCUGCUGGAGCUGAAGGCAAUGGAACUGAUGAAGGAGAACCAGCGCCUGCGGGCAGCCCUCUGUGCCCUCUACCCCGGGCACCGCUCACUGGACUGGCAGAUAGCAAGCACCGCAUGCCCAGCGCAGACCUUGCCCCUCAACCAUGGGGACUCCCGUCUCUCAUAUAGAGCAUGGGGAGCCCAGACACUGCGCCCGGUAUGUCAGCCUGCAGCACCAGCCAGCCUGCCCCAGCCUUGCCAGCAUGGCACACAGCAGGGCUCACAUCCCAGUGAUCAGCAGCCCCCCUCUCUGCACCCUGCCAGUCCAGCCCAUAACCCCCAACCAGGGACUCUGGGACCAUCGUCCCUCACCAGCCUCCCACACAAACUGAGAAUAAAGGGGGCCCGGGCACUAAGCUGGGCAGGCAGGGGUCUAGGGGGUGCCUCCAGCGCCACUGAAAUUGGGGGGCACUAGGACCACGAGGUCAGAGUGUGCAGCCAAUGUAUAUUAUCAGUAAGGCUGGCAUUAUUCACUAUAAUGGACAAUGCAUGAUACAGGAUAACAUAAACUAUU